AUGACCGUGCCCGACAGUUGGGUGGCCUCGGGAGUCGUGCUGCUGGUCCUCCUCGCAGCCGCCUGGUAUGUGCGGUAUGUCCGCUGGGGUCGCUGCCGCCGCCUGAUGGCCAGGAUACCAGGACCUCCCGGGGUCCCUGUCCUCGGCAACCUGCUGGAUCUACUCCACUACAGGGAGGAUAUCAUGGAUGCAUUUCAAGUGUACCACGAACGCUAUGGCUCCGUGGUUAAGGCCUGGAUCGGCCCUUACUACGGUGUCUCUGUGACAGAUCCCAGAGACAUCGCUGUCAUACUCAAUGGCCGGAAUAUAUUGUCCAAGCCAAUUAUAUAUAAACCAUUUACCAUGGUUUUAGGUGAUUCGCUUCUUGCUGCAGACAAGGAAACAUGGAAAAAGUUUCGAAAAAUUAUGGCCCCGACACUUUCCAUUCAGGUAAUUAACGAUUACAUCAGUACGUUCAACGAGAAGUGUCAGGCGAUGACUUACCAACUAGAAAUCCAUUCUCAAAAUCUGCCAUUCGAUGUGGUCAAUUAUACUAUAAAAUGUUUUUUGGAAAUGGUCACAGAGACUACUAUGGGCGUGCCAAUGAAUAAUGAAGGUAUGAACCAAAAGCAUUUUCUCACAAAUUUACCAAAAAUAGUAGACAUUUUAACUUAUUUGAUUGUCAGCCCAUGGUUUUGGUCCACAGCCACUUUUAAGUUCACCCAGUUAUAUCAAACUCUUAUGUCAUUACUCAGACCCGUGAGAGAUUUUGUGGCCCUAAUUGUGAAGCAGAAGACCAGUUCAUAUAGUUACACAAGUGAGGAAGUAAUAAGUUAUGAAGAGAGUGACACAAAUACUUCUAAGCAGCGGCAAGGGUUUCUGGACCACAUGGUAGCGACCUUGUCUAAGAAACCAGGGCUAUUCACUGUACAGCAAAUGAUAGACCAAGCUUUAUUAAUCGUAGCAGCUGCUACAGAUACUUCUGGCUACACAGUGGCACACACACUCAUGUUGUUGGGCUUACACCAGGAUGUGCAAGAGAAAGUAUUUAAAGAACAGGAAGAUAUCUUCGGAAAAGACAUUAACCGUCCAGUUACCGUCAAUGAUCUGAAUCAGAUGGUGUAUUUGGAGCAAGUAAUUAAUGAAUCCCAAAGACUAUAUCCAACAGUUCCCUUUGUUGGAAGGCUUUUGGACGACGAGAUCAGUAUUGAUGGUUACAUUUUACCUCCAGGAGCAAUCGUUAUUAUUCCUAUUUUCCUUGUGCACAAAGAUCCAGCCUAUUACCCAGACCCUCAUGUGUUUGAUCCAGAGAGGUUCAACAAAGAAAACGGCGCCAGUCGCCCAGCGUGUUCGUUUAUUCCGUUUUCUUCUGGACGCAGGAUGUGUCUGGGCAGGAGCUACGCCUACAUGGCGAUGAAGACCAUGCUGUCGGUGAUGCUGAGGAGAUUCAAGAUAUUGGAAUAUGGUUCCAGAGAAGACAUGGACACUUUUAAAUUUAAUUUUUUCCUCAAGCUUGUGAAUGGUUACAAUAUCAAAAUUGGCCCGAGAAAUUUUUAAUCAAACUAAUUAUCGAAAAAGUGAUUGAAAUAUAAUAUAUAUAAUUUUUUAUAUGUUACGACCCUCACACCUAUCAUACCUCCGAUACAAAUCAGAGGAAAGACGUUGUGAAACAUGCUGUGGCAUGUUGGCUCAGUUUCGUACAACUCGAAGCACGACAGGCUAUUAGGACAUAUUUCCAGCGUGUUGGAUAGGGGCAGUAUCCCAACAGCCGGAGCUCUGUGUGAUCGGGAGGCUAGGCGACUGUCGUCGUCGAGGAAGGAACAUCGGGGCUCGGUGUGCGUCACCAGGGGUUGUGGGCCAGCAGUCUGCGAAGGAAGUUGGCUGAAGGGCGAGUCGCAGCCCGAGCAUCGUGUGCAAGAGUCGCCGGCCGCGCACCAGAGAAGCAGGUGAGCGAGCAGUUAGGACCUGUUAGUGCGACGAACAGUGCGUGGUGGGCGUCGUCGCGACCGACACACAGCCUGUUCCGGUGGCGAGUAAACUAGUGGUUCAAAAUAGUACACAUCUGGAUUUCCAAGGCUUAGGAAGUAUAGUUGCACUGAACAAUAGUUGGAAUUCCACGGAAACAAUAUUUUCCCCCUCAUGAAAGAUUGAAUAUGGAGUAGUACUAUUAUAGAAAUUUUCUUUAUUUUAAUUUGAAUUGGCACGUAUGAACUUAGUUGAAUUCCUAAUAGCGUA